AUGACAAAUCCUGUAGCAAUUAAUACACAUGACUAUGAUAAAGGAAAUAAUAAUGAGGAAAAAGAACUUCAGAUGGAACAGGAGCAUAGUGAAGAUAAUGGAUAUCAUAGUGAUAAAAAACAUGAUACAACAGAUUUGAUAUACGCAGCUAUGUGUACUAAGUGUGCUGGAGAGUUAGAACAUGAGAAAAAUCCUGAGAAAUCUUAUUGUAGCCCGAGGAGAAUUAGUGGUAUUGAACAAGUCUCUAGAGGUUUAAUAAUUGAAAGUAAAUCAUUUCUUGAUGCUAAUAGAUGUAUGGCUAAAUGUUUAGAUAAAAGUGGACAAGAUAGUUCAGAUUUAUGUUCAAGCCCAGAAGAAAAAACUAAAAAUAGUGAAUAUACUAAGGAAAUAGGAUAUUCUUUAAAAAAUAAUGAUAUUUUACAUACUAAUCAUUGUUUAUUUGAUAGGACCUGCCUAAUCCAGGAACACGCCCUAAAAAAUCGUAAUAUUAAUGAUUAUUAUGACUUAAAUUUAGGAAAUCUUGGUAGAGGAUCUUAUGGAUCAGUUGUUAAAGCUAUUGACAAACAAUCUGGGGCUUGUAGAGCUGUAAAAGUCAUUUUUAAACCAAAAUUAGAGAAUAUAAAUAGAUUAAAAAGAGAAAUUUUAAUAAUGAAACGUUUAGAUCACCCAAAUAUUAUCAAAUUAUUUGAAGUUUUUGAGGAUACAAAUUAUCUAUACUUUGUAAUGGAAAUUUGUACUGGAGGUGAAUUAUUUGACCGUAUAAUAAAAAGAGGACAUUUUUCAGAACGUUAUGCAGCUAUAAUAAUGAAGCAAGUAUUUAGUGCUAUAGCCUAUUGCCAUGCUAAUGAAUUUAUGCAUAGAGAUUUAAAACCUGAAAAUCUUUUAUUUGCCGAUUCAUCAUCAAAUUCACUUUUAAAAGUUAUUGAUUGGGGUUUUGCAGCUAAAUGUCCAAAAUCACACAAAUUUACAUCAAUUGUUGGAACCCCAUAUUAUGUAGCUCCUGAGGUAUUAUCCGGAAGUUAUAGUAAAUUAUGCGAUUUAUGGAGUGCUGGUGUUAUUUUAUAUAUUUUAUUGUGUGGUUAUCCUCCAUUUCAUGGUAAAGAUAAUACUGAAAUUUUAAAGAGAGUAAAGACUGGAAAAUAUUCUUUUGAUCAUAAUAGUUGGAAAUACAUAUCAGACUUAGCAAAAGAUUUAAUAAAACGUCUUUUAAUGUUGGAUCCAAAUUGUCGUAUUACUGCUCAGGAUGCUUUAUGUCAUCCUUGGUUAAAAACACUCAUUUCUAAGCCUGUAUCAAUAGAAUCAGGAUAUUUUACAAGUGAUAUUUGUAAUUUAUUAUUAAAAAGAUUUAGAGAUUUUCAAAGGCAGAAUAAGUUAAAAAAAUUAGCUUUGACAUGUGUAGCUUAUCAUCUUAGUGAUGCAGAUAUUGGAGCUUUGCAGAAUUUAUUUAGCACACUUGAUCGGAAUGGUGAUGGUGUUUUAUCAAUUAGUGAAAUGAGAAGUGCUUUACAUAAAAUACAACAUGUAGCUCAAUUUGGAGAUGAUAUUGAUGCUUUACUACUAGAAUUAGAUACUGAUGGUAAUGGAAGAAUUGAUUAUACUGAAUUUCUUGCUGCAUCUAUUGAUCAUAAGUUGUAUGAACAAGAAUCACUUUGUAAAGCUGCAUUUAAAGUUUUUGAUUUAGAUAUGGAUGGACGUAUUAGUCCAUCUGAAUUACACAGAGUACUUAAUAGUACUUUUGUGCAGGAGGCCUUUGAAAGAUCUACUAUACAAUCUCUUUUAGAAGAAGUAGAUACAAAUCAAGAUGGAUAUAUAGACUUUAGUGAAUUUAUGGAUAUGAUGAUAGGAGAAAAAGAUAGGCAUAUAAAUGGAGUUAUAAAGUCACAAGAAUCUCCUAAUGUACGAGUAAAUAGUUCAACUAUUACAAAACACAGCUUCUUUUCUGGCCUUUUAGAUAUUGCAGAUAUUCUAAAAAGUAAAUUUGAUACUUCUAACUAA